CGCGAGACGUCUUUCAACAUCAACAAACGACUCGAAGCCGAAAUGCCUUCAAUCGCCCAUAGUCGCUCCCCGUCCGGGCCCUCUGCCUCAUCUCCCACUCCCUUCCACGUAGCAAUCAUAGGUGGCGGCAUAACCGGUAUCAACCUCGCUCUUGGGCUCGAACGCCGUGGCAUCCCCUACACAGUCUAUGAGCGUUCCCCAGGUUUCCGCGAAAUUGGUGCUGGCAUCGGCUUCUCCCCCAACGCCGAACAAGCCAUGAAGCUGCUCAAUCCCGAAGUCUUCCCAGCUUACAAGCGCACCGCCAACCCGAAUGGUGAAGACAAGUUCCAGUGGAUCAAUGGUCUUGCCGAUGAGUUGCUGUACUCCCUUCCCGUGCCCGAGGACGGAUUCCUGGGCUGCAAGAGAUCCGAGAUUCUGGAGGAGUGGGGGAAGCUCGUCCCGCCGCAAAACAUGCAGUUCAACAAGAUGGUAGAGGCAGUCCAAGAACCAGGUGACCAAGGAUACGAUCCCGAGGCCGGUGGAAAGAUACUUCUCAGAUUCACCGACGGCACCCACGUCAGCGUCGACCUCGUCAUCGGGUGCGACGGCAUCCGCUCUCGCCUGCGCAACCACAUCCAGUCCCAUCUCGACCCUUUUUCUAUCCAACGUGUAGCAAAAGAGAGCUACACCCACAAAUACUGCUACCGCACCCUAGUCCCCAUGUCCCGUGCCGUGGAGGCCGUCGGUCAGCACCGUGCCUCGACAAGAUUCAUGUACAACGGCCCCGGCGCGCACAUCAUCACCUACCCCGUCGGCAACAACUCGGUUCUGAACAUGCUCGCCGUCAUCAGUGACCCCAACGAGUGGCCGGAUGAGAAGAGACACGUUCUCCCCGGAACCAAGGAGGAUAUCCGCCAGGCGUUCAAGGGAUGGCAUCCAACCGCGCAAAAGCUCGCGGAACUGUUCCCGGAGGAGAAGGAGGGAGGAGGCGGACCGAUUGUUAAGUGGGGCAUCUUUGACACCUUCGACUUUCCUCUCCCGCAGUACUACUCCGGUCGAGUAGCAGUAGCCGGCGACGCGGCGCACGCCACAGGCCCGCAUUUGGGAGCGGGAGGAGGGUUGGGGAUCGAGGAUGCGCUGGUUUUGGCGGAGUUGUUGGAGAAGGCGACCAAGCUUCAGGUUUGGAACGGCCCUGAAUUGGACACGGGAAAGAUCCUCGAGCAGGCACUUGAUGUGUACAACCACCUCAGGACGCAGGCCGUAGUUUCCUGGACAAGGAAGGCGGUGGAUUUGUUUCAGUGGAAGGAUGAAGAGGUGGCAAAGGACGGGAAGAAGUUUGGAAAGCUAGUGACGGAGAAAUUUCAUUAUGUGUGGUAUGAUUUGGAUUUACAGGAGAUGGUGAAUAUUGCGAGAGAUAUGCUAGAGAUUGGGGUGGUUGAAAAGCCGAUGGAGGAUAUGGGAAUAACGGGGGACUGGGAGACGGUUAUGGAAGCUCUUAUGCGUGUCAAUCUUAGCGACACGGGUCAUACACCAGGUACAUCAACAUGGACGGUUUCAGUCAGCUACCAGUAG